AUGUUGAAGUUACAAUCUGCCUCUCUGCUAUGGAAAGACCUUCACAUCUCUCCGCACGAGCUUAGACUAAACACCCUUCGUUGUGGACAAUCAUUUCGAUGGAAGCAGCUCAACGAAAACUGGGUGUCUGUGUUGAACGGCAGAUUGGUGGUCUUGAAAGAGACUCCCACCACCAUCUUGUAUGGCUAUGAUCAGGCGUUGAAUGCAGGAGCAGUAACAGAAAUCAGAGAUUACUUUCAAUUGGACAGAGUGUCGCUCCAAGAUUGCUAUCAACGGUGGUCCAAGAUGGAUCCCAACUUUGCAAAGAAAUCGGUCCAUUUCCAAGGCAUCCGUAUGCUGCGACAAGAUCCCUGGGAGAAUCUGAUUUCGUUUAUUUGCAGCAGCAACAACAACAUCAGUCGCAUCUCGCAGAUGGUAAACAAAAUGUGCGUUCGAUUCGGCAAGAAGGCAGCAAUAUUGGAUGACACCGAGUUUUAUGACUUUCCUACUUUGGACGAGAUCACAACAGAUGAUAACAAGGUGGAGUCUAUAUUGAGAGAGUUGGGGUUUGGGUACAGGGCGAAAUACAUUGCCAACACAUGUUCCAAGAUCAAGGCGGAUCAUCCAGAUCGCAAGGAGAAAUGGCUCCAUACAUUGCGAGAGGUGUCUUAUGAAGAAGCCAAGUCGUCACUGAUGACAUUGCAAGGUGUGGGGCCCAAGGUGGCUGACUGUGUGUGUCUCAUGUCGUUGGAUCAAACUGAAUCAAUACCAGUAGACACGCAUGUCUGGCAAAUCGCACUCAGGGAUUAUGGAUUCAGCAGCAAGAAAAAAGGCAAAACACUGGACAGCAAGCUCUACCUUCAAGUGGGGGAUCACUUUAGAACGCUAUUUGGCGAAUACAGUGGAUGGGCUCAUUCUGUUUUAUUUACGGCUGACUUGAAAGGCUUUGAAAUGGUGGAUAACAACAAGAAGCGAAAGAUGGUCAAGGAGCAAGAGAUUAUUGUGGUGUCCAAAAAGACCAAAAGCAAGCGAUGA